AUGGGACAAGAAGAAAGUUGCUACCUGCUGGUCAUAAGGGACAAACACUGUCUUCAGGAGCGGAGGAUUGUCCUCCUGGGUCACGACUGGCUGGAGAAGAGUUUGACAGGAAACACCAUCCUCGGCCGACAGAUGUUUGACAUCAGCAGAGACGUGAAGAUGUGUGUUAGGAGACAGGGCGCUCUUGCUGAUGGCCGAACAGUUAUUGUCGUCAACAGCCCUGAAAGGUGGAUCUGCUACUCUGUCCGAGACCCCGGCCUGGUAAAGAACAACAUGUCAGCCUGCAUGGCCAUGUGCCCACCGGGACCUCACGCCUUCCUCAUGGUCAUUCCCAUCAGUGCUCACAGAGGCAGGGAGUGGACAGUAGACGGUCCUCUUGAGCUGCUUAAUGACACAGUGUGGACAAACACAAUAGUAAUAUUCACCAGAUGUGAGAGACUGAAAGGGUUGUCUGUAGAGGACUACGCUGCAAGAUACAGUUUUCUCGAAGCAGUUUUGGAGAGGUGUGGACAUAGAUACCACCUUUUAGACACAAGCAUUUGGGGAAGAGAUGAUGAUACUCAGGUUGCAGAACUUUUAGAGAAGAUUGAUGCAGUGGUUGCAGGGAACAUAAAGGCAGGAGGAGUUGGUUAUGUGACAACAAAUGAGGAAAUCUCCAGAAUAACUGAGAGUGGAAGGAAAGAGGUAGAAGACAGGGCGAUUCUGAGGCGAAUGAAUGUGCAGAUGACCAGAAAUACACUCAGAUCUCUGAUGGGAGAGUCUCCUCCGAUUUCAAUGCUUCGGAUUGUCAUUGUGGGGCCAAAGCAGGUUGGGAAGAGCUCUGCUGCAAACACCAUUCUUGGUGAUGAAGUCUUUCCUGCUGGACAUCCAACAUCACAAUGCACUGAGAGACUGAGUGACGUUUACAAAAAGCGAGUCACUGUGGUUGAUGUUCCUGGCUGGCAUGGGAGAUACUGCUCAGAGGACACUCCAGAGGAAGUCCAACAGCAGAUUACUCACAGUGCAUCUCUGUGUGCCCCCAUUUCCCAUGCUGUCCUGGUGGUCGUACGCAGCGAUGAGACUUUCACUGAAACCGACCGGUUGAAAGUGGAGCAACACUUGAGCUUGCUCGGAACUUGGGUGUGGACUCGAACCAUCGUGCUGUUCACCUGGGGAGACAAACUGGGAGUCACUCCCAUUGAGGAGCACAUUGAGAGAUGGCCUGCCCUUCAGUGGUUGGUGGACAAAUGCGGAAAUAGGUAUCAUGUUUUUGGUAACUCAAACAAGGUCGGACACAUUCAGGUUAGAGAACUGCUGGAGAAGAUUGAGGAAACCGAGGUGAGGAAUGAUACCGAACACUUGCUGCACAGUUUCAUGAAACUCCAAGAAAGCAACAAGAAGCUGCAACAAAGCUCCAAAAAAGUUGCAAGACAGCUCAAGAAGGCAAAGACGGACAAUGAUCUUCUGAGGCAAACAGUCAAGGAGAAGGAGAGGAUAGUAGAGGACAUUAUUAUGACAGCUGAAGUGCAAAAUGAGCAAGUUGAAGCUCUGAAGGCCACAAUUGAGAAGAAGAGGGAGUCAGAAGAAAAGAAAAAUAAAGACUGUCAAGAUAUUUGCAGACGAUUAGAGGAGGCUGAGAGGGAGAACAACCAGCUCAAACAAGUUAUUAUGGGGAAAGAAAGAAUGAUAUCAAGCAUGAGUGAAAGGUGUGCUGUGAAAGAAGAUAUUAUUAAAGCUACACAGCAGAGCAGUGAGGUGGAAAAGGAAGUGCUAGAGGAAAGAGUGAAGGAACAAGAGCGGGAGACAGCAGCCUUGAACAAAAUGUGUAAGGCGAAAGAGAAAGAGCUGGACCAAUUGAUGGUGAAUCACAAAAGAGAAGCAAAAGAGCUCAAAGACACAAUUGAACAGCUAACGAGAGAAAAUGAAGAUUCAAAGAAGGUUUUGAAAGCCACAAUCGAAGGGAUGCAGAGGCACUAUCAGAAAAAAGAAAACGGAACAAAUGACAUGAACACUGUGUACUUUAACGAAGGCAACUACCACAGGAAAACAAUAAAAGACCUCAAGUCAGUGGAGGAGAUUGGCCGACAACAAAAAUGGGCGUUCACAUUGCCAUUGAGCCCCCACGCAGUUAAACUCGUUGCAGAGACAGAACAAAAAAGGCAGACAGUGUUGGACAAUGACAUCGUGCCACAUGAGAAGAGAGACACUGCGAACCAAGUGAGGCAACUGGAAGCCGACUGGACUCCGUUAUGGUUGAGAGCUGGAGGCGCUGCAAUCGGAGCUGCAGUUGGGGCCCUUGCUGGCUCCUCCCGGGUGGCUACAGGGUUGAACACCAGGUCAGCUGUUGGGGCUGCAGCUGGGGCUCUACUGGGCAGCUUACUGGUCCAAGGAGCCAAGCCCCAGCAGAGGAAAAUGGAAUCAGACACCAAUAGAAA